GACAAUUUUCAACACAUUGAAUGCCUUUUACAUCCUCAAUAAAUACAAAAUUUAACUGAAAUGUGAAGAGCCUCCAACAAAGAUUUGCAUCACUGCAAAUUCUUACAUCCUUCAACAUUAUUUCCUUCUUUCUUGUGCUCCCAAGCUCCUCCCAUGGAGUCGGACACGAACCCCGGAAAUGACCAAAAUACCCUUCAUCCUUCCAGCAUCAACUUGAAACUAGAAACACUAGAUGAUGACUUCUACAUAGACAAUCUCUUAUCCUCAAAAGGUUACAACCUUCAAGAUUUCCAAAACCAUGUCCAUUUUCCCAUGACAGCUUCGUCGUUCAUUCCAGACAUUGGUGUACAAACCAACGGCUAUGAUCCCUUUGAUCCCUUUUUCCAUGGCUGUACUACGGAUUUUGGUGUAUAUGAUUUCAAGCCGUAUGAUGAGAACUACAGCAUUGGUGCAGCCAUGCAUGAUCUUCAAGGUGGUGGAUUCUUGAACUUUUCAGACAGGAAUGAGUCGUUGAUGGAAAUGGAGAGGGCCUUGAAGUACAAUGAUGCAAGGCCUUUAAGGUUUACUGUUCCUGAUGAGGGCUCCUGUGUGACUGCUGACAACAUAGGCGGUCACAAAGAAGAUGGCAAGAAAAGAAGCAAAAACAGUAACAACAGUGUGACUGCAUCUGCAACGGCGAAAAAGGGUGGUAAGGGCCGGAAGAACCCCAAAGCAGCUAAAGGGCAGUGGACUGCUGAAGAAGACAGAGUCUUAGUCCUUCUGGUGGAGAAAUACGGUGAGAGAAAAUGGUCUAACAUCGCUCAAAUGAUGAAGGGGAGGAUCGGCAAGCAGUGCAGGGAGAGAUGGCACAACCAUCUUAGGCCUAACAUCAAAAAGGAGAUGUGGACGGAGGAGGAAGACAGGAUUUUGAUCGACGUUCAUGCAAAAGUGGGAAACAAAUGGGCAGAAAUCGCGAAAAGCCUGCCUGGAAGGACUGAGAACUCAAUCAAGAACCACUGGAAUGCGACCAAGAGGCGACAGUUCGCCAGGCGGAAAUGCAGAACCAAGUGGCCUAAGCCGAGCUCUGUCCUCCAGAACUACAUCAAGAGCCUUAACUUGGAGAAAACGAGCAAUAGUCGGUCCAAAAAUGUGGAGCCAACUCCGGCUGCUGAUGCAGUGACUGCGCCACAGCAUGCAGAAAUCGAGGUUUUCCCAGAUGACAAUAUGGCGCAAGAAUUUGAGUUUGAUGAUCAGGUUCCUGAGUUCACAUUUGAUGAUGAUGAUGAUGAUCAUUUUGAUGUGGGUUUGCUGCCUGAUAUGCCUCCAUUGAUGCAGUGUGAAGUGAGGAGAGAGGUUGAUUUCUUUGGUGGGAUGGUCUGAGCAUUUGAAAAAGCAAAAUCUUGGAAGAAAUAAUAAUGUACUAGUUUGGUCUUUGAUGGUGUUUUAGGAUGUCUGAGAAUGAAAUCUAAAGUGAGUGGCGAGGAGAGUGAGAUCGUUUAAGGAGUUGAUGUUUGUUGAUGUGUUUGUCUUCUUAUUUUGCAAACUUGUUAUGAUGAAGUUCUUGGAACAAUAUUACAAACUAUCAUGGGUUAAUAAUA